AUGCAAUUGUUUUUAGCAACUCUAGGAAUUCCGUUCACCGGCACAUUACCAGCCAUUGCUGGUAACGAGGAUCAUAGCAGUGCCAACAACAACAAUGGCAACGGUUUCAGUUAUGACUGGCAUGGAAAUGAUACGCUUUUUGCGGAACUCUUGGAAACUGACUUUUUUGAUCAUCCGAUUGAUGACGCAAUGCUCUGCUCCUUGUUAUCCCCUCCAAGAGCUGCUGAGACUGAGCAACAGCAAGAUACAGAAUGGGAGCAACAAAAACACACAAAUCUCUUUGGUUGCUGCCAGAAACACAAAGUUGAAAUGGCCAAACAGCAAGAACUGUAUUUGCUGCCAGAUAAGCUUACCAAGAAUAUUUUCAAUUCAGAGUCGCCUGUGUUCAUAUGCACCAAGAUCCCACAAACAAGUUCGGUUCAGUCGUUCGUAGAUGUUGAUGCUUCUUUGCUUGCCACUGACUCCUCCCUAAGUAAAGAUUCAUUCUCUGCAGACUCAACAGUUGAUGUAUUGUUUGAGCAGUCAGUUCAAGAGCCAUACUUUUACCGUUCAAACUCUGCGGAAACAGCACCUCCAUCCACAGCAUGCUCCUCAGCGACUCUCGAUCUGGUAUCCACUUUGGAAGCAACCACAACGUUAUUUGAGGAAGCCGCCAACUCCAAAAAACAAAUGAUUGGGCUUAAACAGCAAUCCAAGAUCGAAGAUCUCAGUUUUUCCUGCAAACUAAAUUUCUCAGCAUCAAUGUUCCUUGACCAUUCAUGCAUACCGCUGGUGCGUGGGCGUAGCUUUGGAGGAAAUAGCAGACCUCCCAAGACGCCAUUAAUUCCUGGGACGCGGUACGUUACUGCCCGUCUAAGACUGGAGAACAGUACAAGUGAAGAUAUGUGUUUUCCCCACUGGAGCGAGCGGGAACUUAGCGACUCAAGAAGAAUCAUUCGUAUUGAGAGAAGUUACCAGUCCAAUGAAAUUGUAGCAUCUUUUUUCAUAGUUGGAUCGGCCAUAGAUCACCCGGAGACUAAACCUUCAUCUGAAUUAGACGUGAAAGUUUUAGAAGUUUCGUGUCUAAGAUGUUUUAUCAACGACAAUGAAUCUGAGGAGGAGCGAUUUGUCAGUGAAUAUACCUCAGAUGAAGCACGAGCACAACAUGCCUUAACAGAACCGCUAACGUCAGGCUUGAACAAAGAACCGAAUGGCCAUAACCCUAAAACGGCUGGGAAUUCAAUUGGAUGCAGGUACUAUAUAACCAGUGUUGAAGUCAUCAAGAUAAUAGAACUACUGAUUGGAAGCUAUUCAACCUCAGACCCUGUGCAAAGGAGAAAAGAAAGAGGCCGUAUGAGAUCGAACUUGGUGCAGUUCUGGUCCAAACACCUAGUGUCUUCCUCCAAGGACACUAUGAAGCGCCGUUCCGUGCCAACAUGCAACGAUGAUUAUCUUUCGGAGCUGGAACAUCGUAUUAACACAUAUGACGUGAGAAAACCUCGAAAAUUUGACAAGAGCGUUAAGAUUCUGGAAUGGUCCAAACUUGGGCCAGCUUUGCAGCGGGCUAUCCAAAGCUAUUACAUGGUCCGAUUAGAUAAUUCCAGCAAUAAAACUGCAGCAACAAAUAGCAGCUAA